AUGGCAGCCGCCACCGACCGGCUCUACAGCCGACCACAGGGCGUCGAGCGCCUGGCAGACGCAUUGGAGAAGCCACUGUUGGACAAUCGCACAUACCGCGUCAUCCGGCUGCCAAAUCAGCUCGAGGCCCUUCUCAUUCACGAUGCCGAGACCGACAAGGCCAGCGCCGCCAUGGACGUCAACGUCGGCAGCAUGUCCGACCCGGAGGACAUGCAGGGAAUCGCCCACGCCGUAGAGCAUCUUCUGUUCUUGGGCACCGACAAGUUCCCGCAAGAGAAUGAUUACAAUCAGUAUCUGAACAAAUACGCCGGCCAUUCCAAUGCCUUCACCGCGCCCACUUCGACAAAUUUCUACUUCGAAUGCUCGGCCAUGUCCACCUCCAACAGCCGCGCCUCCUCCGCAAACACCAGCCAAGCCAGCCUGCCCGCAUCACACGCAUCUUCCACCAAAACUGCCUCCCCGCUCUGGGGUGCCCUAGACCGAUUCUCCCAGUUCUUCGUGAAGCCGCUCUUCUUGGAGGAUGUGUUGGACAGAGAACUGCGAGCAGUAGACUCGGAGAACAAGAAGAACCUGCAGAGUGACAACUGGCGCUUGAUGCAGUUGGGAAAGAGCUUGUCCAACAAAGACCAUCCCUGGCAUCUCUUCUCCACCGGUAACUACCAACUCCUGCAUGACGACCCCAUUGCAAGACAGGUCAAGAUCAGAGACGAAUUCAUCAAGUUCUACGAGAGGCAUUACUCGGCAAACCGCAUGAGGUUGUGCGUGCUGGGGAGGGAAGAUCUGGAUACACUGCAGCAGUGGGUCGAGGAGCUCUUCACGCCCAUCGUGAAUAAGGACCUGCCGAAGCUGAAAUGGGAGGACAUUCCUGCGUUUACCGACGAGGAACUCGGCCUCCAGAUCUUCGCCAAACCUAUCAUGGACCAGCGGUUGUUGGACAUCAUGUUCCCUUACCCGGACCAGGACGACCUCUACGAAUCCAAUCCGAGCCGCUACAUCGCCCACUUGAUUGGACAUGAGGGACCAGGGAGCAUUCUCGCGUAUCUGAAGGAGAAGGGCUGGGCCACCGAUCUCAGUGCUGGCGCCUCUACCGUCGCCCCAGGAGUGGCCAUGUUCUCCGUCGGCAUUCGACUGACGCCUCAAGGCCUGGAGCGUUAUCAAGACAUCCUCACCACCGUCUUCCAGUACAUCUCCAUGAUCAAGGAGUCGCCGCCUCAAGAGUGGAUCGUCUGGGAGUCGAGCAAGCUGGCCGAGAUGGAGUUCAAGUUCAGACAGCAGACGCCGGCCUCGAGAACGACCAGCGGUCUCAGUGGUAUCAUGCAGAGAUCGAUUCGACCAGAGUGGCUACUGAACGGCCAGACUCUGAUCCGAAAGUUCGAUCCGGACGGCAUCCGAGCCGGCCUGGACGCCCUGCGACCGGACAACUUCCGAUUCACCCUCGUCAGCAAGGAAUUCCCCGGCGACUGGGACCAGAGAGAGAAGUGGUACGGCACCGAGUACAAGUGCGAGAGGAUCCCGUCAGACUUCAUGAGCGAGCUCCAAUCCGCCGCGACAGCAUCCGCAAGCCAGCGCCCGGCCGAUCUACACAUGCCACGCAAGAACGAAUUCAUCCCGACACGCCUUGAUGUAGAGAGGAAAGAGGUUCCGCAACCUGCUUUGACCCCGAAGCUGGUCCGCAACGAUCCGAACGUGCGCAUGUGGUGGAAGAAGGAUGACCAGUUCUGGGUCCCCAAGGCCACUUUCUUCCUCAACCUACGUUCACCCAUCCUGAGGACCUCUCCCAUCAUCUCCGUGCUCGGCCAGAUAUACGCAGAUCUCGUCGAAGAUGAACUGUCGACGUAUGCGUACGAUGCCGAGCUCGCAGGCCUGGACUUUAACAUCAGCGCGGGCCUGGACGAUUCGAUGACGGUCGAGGUAAGUGGCUACAACGACAAGCUGUCUGUCUUGCUGGAAAAGGUCCUUCGCACCAUGCGCGAUCUCGAGGUCAAGGACGAACGCUUCGAGAUCAUGAAAGAACGCAAGGCCCGCUCCUACGAGAACAUGGCUUGGGCGGAACCGUUCAAGCAGAUCAACCAGAUCACCAACUGGGCCGUGAACGAGCGCCGACUUCGCAGCCGCGAGUUUGCAGAGGUUCUUCCAUCCGUGACAGCAGACCACGUGAGGAGCUUCGUUCCGGAGCUCCUGCGCCAGGUGCAUAUGGAGAUGUUGACCCACGGCAAUCUGUACAAGGAGGAGGCUCUCAAGAUUGCGGAUCUCGUGGAGUCCAUCUUCCGAACAACACCGUAUCCACCAAAUCAGUGGCAGCCCGGCCGCUACUUGGCUUUCCCGCCUGGCUCGGAUCAUCUCGUCGAGGAGACGCUCGCCAAUCCGGACAACGUCAACCACUGCAUUGAGUAUGUGGUACAUGUCGGCGAUGCGCAAGAUCGCGCGCUGCGUGCGAAACUACUCCUCAUCUCCCAGAUCAUUGACGAGCCCUGCUUUGACACCUUGAGGACGAAGGAACAGCUGGGAUACAUUGUCGGAUCCAGCCCGAUUGUUUGGGGGAAUCGGAUGCUGCAUCGCAUUCUCAUUCAGAGUGAGAAAGAUUGUUUGUAUCUGGAGAAGCGGAUUGACGCAUUCCUGCUCAGCUUUGAAAAGCUGCUCCAGGACCUGACGAAGGAGGAAUUCGAGGAACAGAAGAUUGGUGUCAUCAACAAGCGGCUGGAGAAGUUGAAGACGCUGUCGCAGGAGAGCGGUCGCUUCUGGCAUCAUAUCACGUCGAAGCAGUAUGAUUUCGAGCUCGGUAAGUGGAAUUCCAUACUUCUGUUCAACUGAAACUUGCGCUGACAACGACAUACAGUCUACCGCGAUGUCGAAGCGCUUGAAGAGUUGACCAAAGAAGACGUACUCGAGUUCUUUGCUCUCUACUUCAAGCCCGGCUCGCCUGUUCGCGCCAAGCUCUCCGUCCACAUGGUGGCUCAAGCAUCCGCCGAAGACGUCGCAGCCACGAUUGACCCUGACUCACAACGAGCCAGCUUGGCAGCCAACAUUCUCGCUCUCCUCGGCCAACUCGGCAUCACCGCUGAUUCUGAUGCUCUCUCUUCGUCUUUGGAGAAGGUGGAUCUUGCCAAGGAUAGCGCUGCUGAAGACAUUGUCACUGCAACUGGUGAUUACCUCACGAAGGCAGCUGGCAUUGCUGCCGAGCAAGUCGAAGGCAUCAAGCAACAGGCACAGGCUGUCCUGCCACAGAUCCUCCCCACGCUCGGAAUCAAGACUCCAGCUGUAGGAUCCGAGACGAAUGGUCACGCAUUGAAUGGCGAUGUCGCUGUGCCAGAGAAGAAGGAACCAAUCCGCAUUACGGACAUCAAAGCUUUCCGGGAUAGCAUGCCCCUCCACCCGGCGGCGAGGGCUGUCAAGGACAUUACGGAGUUUGAGGAGAUUGAGCCGAAGCUGUAA